AUGACUACUCCAGAUGUACCCAUCAACAUUCUGUCCCUACGAUUUGAAGCAGAAAGUCUGGCAACCAACAGGAAGUUUCAGCUGAACCGCAAACGACAUUGUGACCUCGGCCACAUCGUAAUCACAACCUCAGAGGAAGAGCGCUCAGUGACUCUCUUCUGCGAUGGCCUUACCACUACAAGAACAGGACUGGAUUUACUCGAAGCACUGAGAUCUGGUUUAUUCGAAUUGAUGGAGUCUGGCAAGGACAACGCAAGUGUAAUCAAGCCGCCAGCUGCAGCUACCCCAUCCCAGAUGGGCAAGUGCAACGUACCCCCCAGGUCAUCGCCACAGCGUCGGCAAGUGUCAUUCGACAUCCUCACUGAUACCACACAUGCUGCAUGGAAAGAUGUGUUGCAGCCCGGCCAAACCUACGGGUUACGACUAUCUAAAGAUAACGGCCAAGUGUAUGCGUGCUACACUGACGAAUUGGACGACCUAUCCGAGGACGGAUCAUCCGCUCAGAAGUAUCCCGUUGGCCGUGAAGGUGACACAUAUUACUUCAGUGUCCACGACGAUCCAGCGCCUCCAAGGAUCUUUGCCAGAUUGGAGAUGCCCCACCAAGCACAUCUUACUGGUCCAAUACCCUUCACCUUCAUCAUUGAGUACACGACCAACAGUCUUGAGCCAUUUGUGGUUGACAAAUCUCGUACCCCGGUCUCGGUUUUUGAACAAGAUCUGAAAUCGAUUGGCCAAUUGAUCGAUUGCCGAGACAACGACACCGGGGAGAAAGUAUCAUGGGGCGCCUCUUUCAUCUGCUAUGACUACGAUCCUCAUCCGUUGUUCCCGGACGAUGAUGACUUUAUCGAGAUCUCAACGGACAAGCCAUGGCGAUUCGAAUGCACACUGGGGAAUCUAGACAACGAGGAGGAGUACGUGCGCAGCAUGGAAGGGCUGGAGGCUGGUCGCACGUACAGGGCUCAGUUUGCUGGGCAUCGCGACUUCGGUCGAUGGCAGUAUGGAAGGAAAGUGGAUUUGCUUUCCGGAUCACGAGAAGAAAAAAUGAAGAGGUGGGACGUAGACAUGGAGAAGUUGGGGUACUUGGAUAUCGAGAGGCUCGGGGAGGAUGUAUGUUUUGGGACUGUUGCAUAA